GAGUGCUUACGUGGCGUGGAUUAUGCACCCAUACAUGAUGAUGAUGCUAUAAUGGUUAUGAAAACUACGGAAAAUUUUUUCUGCUGCUACAAGCCCAAACCUGCGAAAUCUGCACACAUUCCAGGAUAUUCUAACGAGUUUCAGUACAGAUUUUGUGAAAAGAUUCUGAAAAAGGCGGCGGAAUUGGUCGCUUUGUUUUGUAUAGGAUUGUGAUUUGUAGCCUUUGCGAAGCCAGAGUUGCUGGUUUGGCUCAUAAAUUGAUUGUUUCAGCGAUUUUAAGCUAUUUUUUGCGCAAUGUUGUAGAAUAUGAGAUAUGAGCUAACGUAGGAGCGCUCUUUUUGGGAUGCAGUUCUGAUUUCAGCUGUUGACAAGUGUGACUUGCCGUUUUUAUUGCGGAAUCGUUUAUUUCUGGGGUUUGAAAGCUUGGUUUCCAGAAAUUUCGGCCAUUUGAAUUGAGACAACGGUGAUUGCUAGUGUUGCAACGAUGCGGAGGUUAUUUCCAUUGAAACCGGUCUCUGCAUCGAACAAUAACAGUAACAGUAAUAAUUUGCCGAACCAGAAGGUUGAUAAGGAUGGGCCAUUCUUUUGGGAAAAGGGAAGCGAUUACCUGAAGGAGAAUUCGCUUGAAGCGCAGAUGAUUCGAGACCAUUCUUCUGCUAUUCCGAAGAAAACUAUCUCUGGGGGAGGGAAUUCGAAGCGAUCAUCUGCGCAUUUAAUAAACCAUCACAUGGGUCCCGCGUUUGAAUCUUCGUCUCUUCACAGACGAAGCCAUUCAUCAGCCUCUUCCAUCUUUUCCAGCGACAAAAAUGAUAGCUCUUUCAGUGAUGUGAGCAAAUCCUCUGGAAGCAGUGCGGAUGGCUUUGCUCCAAGCUCCAAAUGCACACCUCCUGAAAACAGAGAAGCAAAAGUAGUAUGGACAAACAGAUCCACCAGUGUGCCUAAAGGUCGUCCUGAAGUUUACUGUAGCACCCUUGCAAAUACCCCUCCAUCCUUGUCAAGAAGCAGUUCUGCCCGAAUAACAAAAGUUCCAGAGGAUUUCUUGGAAUUCAGUUUUGAUGGAAGGGAAGAAGAAGAUGAAGAUACUCACAACCUGGUAUCUGGAAAGGCACAGAUGGAAAUAAUAGCAGAUAACGAAACUGUACUGAGCUCUGGUCGGCCACCACGUUCCAGACUUUCAGGCCAAGAUAAUAUUCAUAUAGGCAGUGUUAAAAGACUUGUACGUUCUCAGUCUUUUAAAGGUUCUUGUGCAAACACAGGUGAAAAAUCAUCCUCAAAGAUGCAAGGUGAUCUUCUGUCAUAUCCAAAAAGCUCAUCAUCUUCAGUGGGGGACAAACUUUCUUCCAGGUAUCAAAGUGCUCGAAAUGUUGCUGAAAGACUGGUUAGAUCACUACCAGGGAAAUCCAAAUCCAAAGUAAUCGAUGCCAAGAGUAAUUUUGAUAGUGAAACUGUUCUUAUCCAUUGUGAUGGGAGAAUCCGCAGGGAAUUUCUAGAAUCAUUCCAGCCAUCAGGACCUGAGCUUGGAAGCUACCACAAUUUGAAUACCGAAGAAUUAUCUCCAUCUCAAAGCCAGGGAGUAAGCCCAAGCUCACAUUGUAGAUCAAAUGAGGAAAGGCAGUUUCCUACUUUUCAAGUACAGAAUGUUGAAGGAUUGGCUCUUCAUCCGCCACAGAAGGAAGUGGACAGAUGCCGAUUUCAACUGUGGCUUGAAGGCUAUGAUAAGAUGCAAGAUAAUGAUGAAGAGCUGGAAAUAAGAGCUAAAGCAGCUGAAGACCAGGUUGCAUUAUUGUCAGAAGAGUUAGAAUCGAUGAACUGGUACCAUUGCAGCAGGUCUGAAUCUGUAAGUGCAAAGAACUCACAACAAAAUGCAGAAUUUUUGUGGCAAAAAUUGAGAAAAGCAUCUGAAGAGAAAAGGAACUUAGCACUUAUGCUUUCUUCAGAAGUUCAGAGCCGCAAGAGAGAAAGAUCAUCAGCGACUGAAGCUCUAAGGUUGAUCAAGGGAGAGAUGGAAUCUCGCACAAAGAUAUUGGAGAAUGAGAAGAAUGAUCUGCAGCAAACAUUAGAAAAGGAGAUAGAUAGGAGGUCGAAUGAAUGGGCCUCUAUGCUGGAGAAAAUUAGGUCUGAGGAGAGGAGGAUGAGAGAGAGAGUCAGAGAUCUGGCAGAGCAAAAUGUAGCAUUGCAGAGAGAAGUUUCAUCUUUAAAUAACCAGGAAAUUCAUGUAAAAAGUCAGGUGAGGGAAUCUCAGAAAUGUAUGACUGAUUUGAGAAACAAAUUAACAGAUGCUGAAAAUGAAAUUAUGCAGUUAAGGGAAUCCCUGUCAGAAUCUAUCAAGAAAGGAAAACAAGCAGAAGAUGACCGAGAUUCAAACAAAAGGAGCUACAAGGAAAAAGAAAGGGAAAACUCUGAGUUACAGAAAUCAGUUGUCAGAUUACAGCGACUAUGUAAAGAUCAGGAAAGAACAAUUGGUGGAUUGUGGGGAGGAUUAGACAAUGAGAUAAAUGAUCGUCCACAUGAUAAAGAUGAUUGUAUCACCAAGCUACAAAAGGAACAACUCCGAUUAGUUGGUGUAGAACAAGCCUUACGCAAGGAAUUAGAGAAUUGUAGGUGGGAAGCUGGUACUCUGAGGCACGAAAACACCAGCCUUCUGGAUAGGGUGCGAAGCAGAGAGAAAGGUACUAGCAUUGGGUUGAUCAAACUUGAUCAAGAACUUUGGGAUCGCCUUGAUGGACUGCAAGCUCAGGCAUUCCCACUGCUGGAUGAGAAUGUUCACCUUUCUUUUAAGCUGCUGGAUUAUGUUAAAAGGAAUUUGUCUACUUUUGAUGCAUGUGAAAUUAGUGAAUGGGAACAUUCAAACAGUAUGUUAGAAACUGGACAAGAAUGGGAGCAUGCCAUGGAAUUGGACAUGAUGGCUCAAAAUUUAAGAAGAAAGGUUGAUUCUUGGAAGAAAAGUGUGUGGAUACAAAAAGAAAUCUUGAAAGAAAAAUCUCAUAUAUCCUGUGACGAAUCUCUCAAGCAAGAUGUAGAAAAUCCAGAGGCAUAUCAACAGGAGCAGCAGCAUAUAGAGAAUGAGGAGGGGUUCAACCAACUACAACAAGAACUUAAAGCUGAAACUUUACUCGUCAAGAUUCUACGGGAAAAACUAUGUUCUAAGGAGGCUGAUUUAGAACAACUUCAGGAAGAAAUUGCAACUUUGGUAAGGAGUCAAGAGGUUUUGAGAAGUAACAUUGAAAGUCUACAGGGAAGGCUCAGUAGUUCAAACCAGAAAGAGAAAGAGUUGGAACUCCUGCUUGGAGGGAAGGAAGAUACCAUCAGAUGUUUACAAGCUGACUUACAAGAAUGUCUCAAAGAACUGACAUUGUUAAGAGUAGAGAUACCCAAAGUUUCUGAAGAAAGGGAUGGCUUUAAGGAAGAUGCAGAACAACUUACCUGGCAAAACAUGAAACUCAUUGCCGAAGUGGAAGCGCUUAAAAUAAGAGUAGAGAAACUCGAUGAGGAUGUACUAGUCAGGGAGGGACAAUUGUCAAUUUUACAGGAAAGCCUAAAUGCAUAGUUUUGCAGUAAACAGUAGUAGUGUUUUGAUUCAUUCUUUUUUCCAUUGAUUGCAUUUUUCAACAUUCUUGGUGGUUGUAUUCUAGUUCUCACAAGUGUAAAAUAGCUGAUUUUUUCAAAUAGCUUUACAUGUCAAGGAGUAUAUAAUAAUAUCCUAUCGUGGAUGGAAAGGGUUCUUCUGUAAGAAUUUCAUACAGCGUUGUAAAAUUUGAAACUGGGAACUGUCAGGUUUGUUCCCCUAACAUGUAUGUCUAAUAUUGACUCCAUUGGCAGAAAAUUUAAGCUGCCUUGUGACAAGCAUAGAAACGAGAUGGCUGUUGUAACAGUUUUGUAUUUUUGUUGCUCCAACUAAAUUUACAGGGCUUGUUCUGUACAAGCUUUCUUC